AUGGCUUCUUCGAUCUUGAUGGCAGGCAAGGGCGUCGUACACGAGACCAACCUGGGCGCAAUAGAGUUUGAGCUCUACUGGCAGCAUGCUCCCAAGACAUGCCAGAACUUCUUCGAACUCAGCCGGAAAGGCUACUAUAGCGGGACACUCUACCACCGCGUCAUAGCCGAUUUCAUGAUACAAGGCGGUGAUCCUACUGCGACAGGCAGGGGUGGACAGAGCAUAUGGGGCAAGCCCUUCGAAGACGAGAUCACGCCCGACUUGCGGUUUGUGGGCGCAGGCAUACUUGCUAUGGCCAACUCGGGCCCAAACACAAACGGCAGCCAGUUCUUUAUCACCUUGGCGCCGACGCCCCACCUAGACAAGAAGCACACAAUAUUCGGCCGGGUCAAGAGCGGCAUGAGGGUCGUAGAGCGCUUGGGAGCACUAGCAGUAGACAGCUCAGACAGGCCCAAGGAGGAGAUCAAGAUUGUCAAGAGCAGGAUAGCGGAAGAGUGA